GUUUUGCCCUAAACCCCGCUCACGCCCCCGAUCCUCCCCCUCUCUUCAGCAGGUCAUCUCUCCUCUUCAGCGGCGAGACCUUCAUCUCCCCCUCGAAAUCUGCAGCUCCCCCUCCAUUCCCUGGGUUUCAUCUCCCCAUCAGCCGCUUCUUCAUCUGGUCUGAGUCCACCCUCCCUCUUCUGCAGCGAAGAGACCACCCCGAAACGACGAGCGACGAGACCACCCUCCCUCUUCUGCAGCGUUCUUCAUCCCUCUCGACCACCCCGCGUCCAGAGAUCUGCGGAAAAGAACAAGAGUCCAGAGAUCUGCGGCCACAGAGGACUUUUCCUCACUCGGGUAAAACUAAAAAUAAUAUGCCAAUGCUCGAUUAGUUUGGGUUUGUGAUGGAAAAAUACCUGGUGAUUGUAGUCUGGUGAUUGGUUUCGCAAGAAAAUGAGAACCCAGGUACCAGUUUUGCCCAAGUUGUUGUGACAACAGUUCUGAAGUUUUAGUUUGUUGAUUUGAUUUUUCAAUGGGGGAUGCGGAAAAUGCCCUUCCUCUUUCAAAAAAGAGGGCCGCUGGAAGGGAACUCACUAAAGAUACUGCUGGUCUUGAUGAUGAGGAAGAUGCUCCUGAACAAGAGACUGGAACUUUCAAGAGGGCCAGUGAGGAGGUGCUGUCAACCAGAAGAAUUGUCAGAGUUCGUCGAAAUCAGACCACAUCAACCCCCUCUUCCAAUCCAUUUGCCGGGAUUCAUUUAGUGCCUCCUACAGAGUCCAAUGCAACCUCAACUGUUACCAGUGUAGCACAGGCUGCUGAUGUGAAGACGGUUUCAGAUGAUGUAGAUGGAAAAGAUGAGGAAAUUGAGCAGUCAGAGAGCAAAAUCAAUGGGGCAGAGGAUGAAUCUUCAGCAGAUAAGGAGAAUGCUGUGGAGAAGGAGAACAGCAAUAUUGGAAUCAAGGCAGCUGGACCUGAUGAACAACCGGCAAAAGAAAAUUCUGAAAAUGAAGAGAAGAAAGAGAAGAAAGACAUUGAAAGCGAAACCGUGAAUUCAGGUGAGGAAGGUACCCCUUUGAGUUCAUUCCAACAGCUUUCGAGCAGCAAAAAUGCCUUCACCGGCCUUGCAGGAACUGGAAUUUCCACUUCUACCUUUUCCUUUGGUUCUAUUUCAACGGAUGGAUCAACACUCAGUACUGCUUCUGUGUCUCUUUUUGGAGUGAAAGAUGACAAUCCUUUUGGUCUGGGCCUCUCUAAUAAUGGAAGUUCUUCAAUUUUUGGCACUUCGGGCGCUUCAACUGUUUCGAAGAGUGAGGGAACUGGUUUUCCAUCAAUGCAAGAGGUUGCGAUUGAGACUGGGGAAGAACACGAGGAAGUGGUUUUCACUGCCGAUUCAGUGUUGUUCGAAUUUGUCGAUGGCGGUUGGAAGGAACGUGGGAAAGGCGAACUAAAAGUUAAUAUGUCCACAACUGGGACUGAAAGAGCCCGAGUUCUUAUGCGAGCCAGAGGAAAUUACAGGUUAAUUUUGAAUGCUAGUCUUUACCCGGACAUGAAGCUCACAACUAUGGAGAAGAAAGGCAUCACUUUUGCCUGCAUUAAUAGUGCUAGCGAAGGAAAAGAUGGUCUUUCUACAUUUGCUUUGAAGUUCAAGGACGGUUCCAUAGUGGAGGAGUUUCGAGCUGCUGUCACCGCACAUAAAGGUAAGGUGUCGACGGUUCUGAAGAGUCCAGAAAACUCCCCCAAGGCUUCUGAUGAUUGAAAGGUGCUCCCCUGUUGUACACGGGGUGGAAAUCCUUUCUCCCCUUGCAAGAGAAGUUGAUUCAGAAUUCGGAACUCCUAGUCCGUCUGUCGCAGAGUUUACAGAGUCUUUUCCUUUUUGUUGUAGUUCAAUUUCAGUGAGGAGAAAUUCUGUUGACGUCAUUUUGGAUAAAUCUUGGUUCAGACUGCAUAAUUUGAGCUUGAAAGACAUUGAUGUUGGUCGCAGAUUUAUGUAGUUCCCUAAAUCUGGGUUAUAUUUCGAGUUGUAAUAUCAUAUGUUGGAUAUCUUCUUGCUCCCAAAAAUCAAAAAGUGGAUAACCAGAUUGCCUUGUU